CAACCCCCCUUCUUGUCCAAGGACAGCCCUCUUCAGCCAUGGGUAACGAGACCGUUCUGGAGAGCGUGCAGGUGUUCGGUCGCAAGAAGACCGCUACUGCCGUCGCAUACUGCAAGCGCGGACGCGGCCUGAUCAAGGUGAACGGAUGCCCCAUCGAGCUCCUCGAGCCGGCCAUCCUCAGGGUGAAGACCUUUGAGCCUGUGCUCCUCCUCGGCCCCGCGAGGUUCUCCAACGUGGACAUCCGCGUCCGCGUCAGGGGCGGAGGUUACACCUCGCAGAUCUACGCCAUCCGCCAGGCGAUCGCCAAGGCCAUCGUGGCGUUCUAUCAGAAGUACGUGGACGAGGCCUCCAAGCGUGAGAUCAAGGACCUCCUCAUGGCGUAUGACAGAAACCUCCUCGUCGCGGACCCUCGCCGCUGCGAGCCCAAGAAGUUCGGCGGUCCCUCGGCCCGCGCGCGCUACCAGAAGUCGUACCGUUGAUUCCUCCGGCACAUGGCUGGCGCUUUUUUGACGUCUGUAGUUGGGGUUAAAACGCUUGGUCGAGGAUUGUGGGUUGCUGGGCUUAUAGCGCUGGGUGCCGAAAUCUGAGGUCUGUUUUGUACUCUUGUUGGGGCGCUUGGAGGGUUUCGUUUGAGAAUGCGAGGGUGUUGCUUUUUUCUGGCGACAAGAGCUUCGUCCUGUUUUCGUGUUCGCAUCCUGCCGGCUGGCUGACUGCUGUACGACUCGUUCGCGCUUGGCGAUAAGUCGUCAAAUGAAAAGGUCAUGGCGACCGUAAAACCUGUCACCGCUGUGUGUUUUUGGUUUCUCUUGAGUUUGCGCCCGACAUCCCUAGUGGGGUGGUUUUCCGCUACUUCACGGUGCUGUCCAUUUGCAUGCAUACAUGCAUCUUGCGACCCCGCUGGAAACCCCAACAUCUGUUGCCCUUCUUGGAACCGUCUGAAAUAUGCCUUUGAUGGACUAUAUUAUCGGCCCACUAUCAAAAAACCCCGCUAUUUAAACAUGUAGAAUUGUGGCGCAGCCGAAACUCGUCCCACAACUUUCAUGGCGUUUGCGCUGCCGUCGAUCGGGUCGAGACAGAAGAAAUGGCGGAGAUCGUGCAGGAUGACAUUUUUUCACGUCAGCAAGGCGGCAACACAACGCCGGGUGUUGUUUCACCUGAAGGCGUUCCGUCCUCCACCCUCUUCCACGAGGCCUUCGGGGCGUGACGUAAACGUUGCUGUGACUUUUUGAUCCUUGCGGUCGUUCCUCGCCGUGUGCGCCCCGUCACCUUCAAGCUGCUGCGACUUUUCGAUCAUCUGUGGGCCCGCGCAACAUGCGUUUCUUGCUACCAUUACUAUCCUCGCAUGGGAAAAUUCUCGUUGUACAGAUGGUACUACAAAAGAACGUAGCAGUGAUGAAAUUGAGACUCGCAAA